AUGUCGUUACUACAAUGAUAGUACAAACUUAUUUGCUACUUCAACAUCUAUAGUAUGCCAGACACUGCAUAAGGCGGGACGAACUGAAUAUUAAGUGAACAGAAAAAUGAGUUUACUGCCGAAGGAUUCAAAGGAGUUUGGCAGCAAGGAUUACUGGAACAGCUUCUUUGCCGGCCGUGGCUCGGAUACUUUCGAAUGGUACGGCGAGUAUGCAGACCUGUGUGGUCUGUUGCACACAUUCAUCAGACCCGCAGACCGUCUGCUUGUUGCUGGCUGUGGUAACUCCACUCUCAGCGCAGACCUUUACUCCCUGGGCUACAAGAGCAUCACGAACGUAGACGUUAGCGAGGUGGCGGUGCGACAGAUGCGCGGACGCUACGGGACGUCGUGCCCUGACAUGGUGUGGUGCCACGACGACCUCACGGCCUCCUCCCUGGACACGGCCUCCUUCACGGCCGUGCUCGACAAGGGCACGCUCGACGCCAUCUUCACCGACGACUCCACGGCCGUGGUCCAGACCGUGCAUAAAUAUCUGUCCGAGGUGUUGCGGCUGCUGCGGUGUGGAGGACGCUACGUGUGCGUGUCGCUGCUGCAGGAACACAUCCUGCAACACCUCCUGCAAUGGAGUCACAGCCAAGGAUGCAUCACGAGGAUCUGCAGAUGCGUGGAGGCCGAGGAAAGCACAAAGAAGCAAGGGAGGUUUACACUGCCGGUUUUCGUGGUGGUCUGCACCAAACUCAGACCAGUGCCUGGUGUUAUACCAGUGCUUGAGAGCUGCCUCGGGGGCGGCGCCCCCCAGCGCGUGUCGCCCGAGGAGCUGCAGCAGGAGGUGCGCGCUCUGCAGCAGUACAGCGCCGCCACUCACGCCCUCCUCAGGAAGGUGUCGUUGGGUGAAGAGGCGCGGCUGGAGCUUUGCCACGCCAAGACGGGCGACCUGCGCUACGUGCUUUACAUCCUCGAUGCUCCGACGUCUGCUGCGCCUCCCGCCCUUCCUAUGGGCGUCUUCAUCGUCCCUCAGCGCAGAUUCCAGGUGCCGUUCCUGACAGCAGGGGGUGACGUGGGCUCGGUGCGUCGCGUGUGUGGCGGGGAGAGCAAGUAUAGCGGCAAGUACGUCGUGGAGGACGUUCAGGGUGACGAGGGAACGGCCUUCCGACGUCUCAUAUUCUUGAACAAUCCCAACGCCAUACAGUCUGAAGUGCGACUGCUUAACGCGUCAGUCGACAGCUCGUCUCAAAGCAACAGCAAAGGAAAGAAGAAGAGGCAGAAGAACCCAGGGUCUGAAGUGAACGAGGCCCCCACACUGGACCAACAUUACCUGUCAUGUCAGCAUCACCUCGCAAUGGUGGGAGGUCUGGGACUAGUCCAUUGUCGCGGUCGGGGCAUGAUAUUGGGACUUGGAGGCGGACCUCUUGCAACUUACAUACACCAACAUUUCCCUAAGAUAAUCAUGGACACAGUAGAACUAGACGAGGCGAUGGUGAAGGUAGCGAAGCAAUGCUUCGGCUUCAAGACGACUCCAAGGCUGACUGUUACAGUUCAAGACGGUCUCGAAUUUUGUGAAGAAAAGGCCAAUAGUGGCACGGUUUACGACUUUAUCUUGAUGGACGUGGACUCUAAAGACGUGAGCGUCGGCAUGAGCUGCCCGCCACAGGAGUUUGUGACACUUGACUUCCUGAAGAUCUUGGCGGCGUGUCUACGGCCGGGAGGCUUAGCCAUACUGAACAUGGUGUGUCGCGACAGUGGCGUAUGGCAAGACUGUGUUGAGAGGAUCAAGUCGGUGUUCGGCGAUAUAAUCUGCCAGAGCAUCCCGCACGAGGUCAACAGGUUGCUGCUCUGCAUCAAGCCUCAGGAAAACCAUCUUGGUCGACCUGGAAGUCAGGUUCUUGAUGGUCUCCGCAGCAGCCUCGCUUUAGUUAAUAGAUUAUUGAGAAGAAAAAAUAGCAAGGAGGAUGCCAUAGACAUUGAUGAUACUAUGAAGAAUAUCGUUAUACUAUGAUUAAGAAACUGACGUCAGUAUUGGUGGUAGGAUCUUACUUCUUACAUUCAGGUGUUUGAACAAUAAAUAUUCAUAAAAUUUAAUACAU